AUGGAGCAAGAAAAUCAAGCUAUAAUAUCAAUUCCAACUCUUAAGCAGGUGCAAAAGCCACCACCAUCUUCAUUAGCAUCACUUGAGCUAUUGAAAAAUUAUGGAAGCAAGUUCAAUAAGCAAAAAAACAAAAGCAAUGUUGAAACUUGUGCAAGUCCUCAAAAGUUGUCAACAGAAGAUAUAAUAACACUUGCAGGAACGAAGUAUAUCCAGAACUCAUCACAGUGGCAUGAUAAUAAUCUUUACAUUCCUUAUGGAACUGUUCUUGGAAGCUUGUUGUCGGAGGAAGAAAAUAAACAAGUUGAACUAGCUCAGUUUGUUCUAGCAGCAGCUGAGAGAGUAGGUUGUCAACAAUUUGAACGUGCAAACAUGUUACUUUCACAUUUUCAUCUCAUGAAUGAAAGUGGAAAUAUUGGAAGCACAGUUCAGAGACUUCUUUUCCAUUUCUCUCAAGCCCUUCAAGAGAGAAUCAACAGAGAAACCGGACGAGGAAAGAUGAAACUGCAUAGAUCAAAUGAGAGAAACAAGGAGACGGAAUUGAUUGAUAAAAUGGAAUUAGAUACUAACAUAGUAGUUAAAUGUCAUCAAAAAAUUCCUUUCAAUCAAGUAAUGCAAUUUGCUGGUGUACAAGCUAUAGUGGAACAUGUUGCAUCACAAACAAAAAUCCAUUUGAUUCAUCUUAAUAUUGGAUGUGGAGUGAUGAGUACAUGUUUCAUGCAAGCAUUAGUAGACCGCAAGGAAAAGCCGGUUGAAAUUCUGAAGAUCACAGCUAUUGGAUUUUCUAACAAGGCUAAGUUAGAAGAAAUUGGCAAAAGUUUAAUGAGUUUUGCUGAAUCCUUGAACAUACCCUUUUUAUAUAACAUAGUUUUUGUUGAGGAUGCUAUGGAGAUUAAGUUAGAUCAAUUUGACAUUGAAUAUGAUGAAGCUGUUGCUAUUUACUCUCCAUGUUCACUUAGGACUAUGGUAUCAAAUUCUGAUGGCUUGGAGAAUUUGAUGAAGGUGAUAAGAAAAAUGAAACCGUUUAUUAUGAUAGUACUUGAACUUGAAGCAAACCAUAAUUCACCUUUGUUUGCGAAUAGGUUUGUUGAAGCAUUGUUCUUUUACUCAGCAUUUUUUGACUGUGUUGAUACUUGUAUAAAAGAGGAUUAUGAGUGUAGAGUAAUGAUGGAAGCAAUAUUAUCUGAAGGGAUAAGAAACAUUGUUGGUUUGGAAGAUGAAGAAAGGAAGGUUAGGAAUGUGAAGAUUGAUGUUUGGAGAAGGUUCUUUGCAAGGUAUAGAAUGGUGGAAACUGGAUUCAGUGAGUCUUCAAUUUAUCAAGCUAAUUUGGUUACUAAAAAGUUUGACUGUGGGAAGUUUUGUACUAUAGACAAAAAUGGGAAGUGUUUAAUAAUUGGAUGGAAAGGGACUCCAAUUCAUUCAAUCUCAGCUUGGAAGUUUCUUUGA